UCAGUUAUUUUUGAUUUCAUUUCGAGCGAAUGAGUAAUUAAUUUUUGCUAAAUUUAAUUAUUGAAGUAGUUGAGUAAUCAUUACCAAUCGUGCAUUUCAGUUUUUAGUUUACAAUAUUCCACGUAACGUAAAUCAAGUAAUCGUAUUAUGAAUAUUCAUUCACGUAAAUUAUAGCUACGGUGAAGCAUUUAGUAGUAAAUUCAGUGCGGUUUUUUGAACGAAGAAAUUCAUCAUGCUGGAAUUAAAAUUAUCAUUUCUCGUUUCGUUUAUCCUGCUAAUAAUUCACGGACAGUCCGCAGAAACCGAAUGGAACACAAAGGAUUACUUUAAACGUGAACAUUCUCUAAUUAAACCCUACCAGAGUACUGGUAUGACUAUCCCUUAUUGGGAUUUUUUGGGCAGUACGAUGGUGACCAAUAAUUAUGUGCGAUUAACAGCCGACGAGCAAAGUAGAUUCGGUGCAUUGUGGAAUUCAGUGCCUUGUCAUACGAGAAAUUGGGAACUACAAGUGCAAUUUAAAAUUACCGGUAAAGGUAAAGAGCUAUUCGGCGACGGUAUGGCUAUCUGGUACUCUAGAGAUAGAAUGCAACCGGGGCCUGUUUUCGGUAGUACCGAUUUCUUCAGUGGUUUAGUCAUCUUGAUCGACACUUACAGUAAUCAUAACGGCGAGCAUAAUCAUCAGCAUCCUUACAUAUCGGCGAUGAUAAACAACGGUUCGAUGCAUUACGAUCACGAUCGUGACGGAACUCAUACCCAAGUCGCCGGAUGUGAAGCUAAAAUGAGGAACGUCGAUCACGAUACCCAUAUUGCUAUCAGAUACGAGUACGAUACCUUGACAGUUUUCACCGACUUCGAGAAAAAAAAUUCGUGGAAAGAAUGUUUCUCGGUUGCCGGAGUUCGACUACCGACCGGUUAUUAUUUCGGUAUGUCUGCAGCUACCGGUGACUUAUCUGAUAAUCACGAUGUCGUAGGAGUUCGUAUGUACGAAUUAUUCUCCGAUGAACGUGAUAAAGAAGAUCGAUCUAAAAUUACUCCUUCGGCGAUAUCGUUCGAACCUCCGAGAGAACACAUCAGUGACCCUAAAUCAUCGACUAGUGGGUUCAAGAUCUUCCUGUAUUUAGUCUUCGGUUCGAUAGCUGUAGUUGCAUGUGUCAUAGUCGGUGUCAUGGUUUAUCAAAAACAUAAAGAAAAAUCUCGUAAACGAUUUUAUUAAUGAUAAGUCCCGUAGCAAUAUUAUUUUCUAGUCUCGAACGGCGUGUAUUUUUUAAAUCUUUUUAUUUUUCAAAUGGGCUAGUGUUUACCUAAACGAAUGAAGUCGAUUCCGAACGAAUCUCCUACUUAAUAUUUUGAACUGAAUGAAAAUAAAUUAGUGUAUUUUUCGAGUGAUAUCAUCGUUACCACCGUCACGUUUCUACUACGAUCACCUUGUAAUAUAUAAUCGUAUCAAGAUGGCUAGAUUUUUGUUUCAUUUUUCUAUUUUUUUUUUUUCUGUAAAAUUCGUCGGCCUAUACAUUCCUGUAGAUCAGCGGAUUUGUAAAGUUUGAUUUUAUUAUAUUAUUUUAUACAUAUACCGAAGAUGAUUUUUGUCGAUGUUUUAAAUUAUUAUGUACAUAUCAGGUUUUUAAAUUGAUUUUUUUUUCUUCUGUGAAACCGGGGCCUACUGUAUUGUAAUUUUUACCGUAAAUAAUUAGAUAAGUGUGUAAAAUUCAGCAGAAACUUUCGUUAAUAAUACUUAUUUUAAUAUGAUUUAUUUAUUGUUACGAGUGUACUGUAUAUAUUUACUUGUAAUUAUGUUGCUUGUGUGCGCGUUUUAAAUAGUCUGAAGUAAUAAAAAAUUCGGUGACGUUAUUUUUUAAAAA